AUGACUCAAAUCAAACAAAUGUCAUUGGAGUUGCAAUCUCUUAAACAGAAAACUGCACAACUGGAACAGGAAAGUACUCAAAUGAAACAGGAACUUUCUCAAGAGUCUUCGGAAGUAAACCAAAUGAAACUGGAUCUUGGAUCAGCCAACAAUAAAAUAACACAGUUAGAAAACUCAAAUUCGGGAUUUGGUUCUGUUUAUACCAGAUGGGGAAGAAAGGAUUGUCCAUCAAACGGAACAGAGCUGGUUUAUACGGGAGUUGCAGGUGGAGGCUUAUAUACUGAAACGGGAGCUGCUGCUAACUACGUUUGUUUACCUAACGACCCAGACUUUAUUCAGGGGGAUACAACUGGUGGAGGUGCGACAUUAUACGGCAGCGAAUACGAAACAAAUUAUUUCGGUCAUAAUUUAGAUGACAAUGAUGUACCGUGUGCAGUUUGCAGAGCAGUUACCAAGUCAUCUGUUGUAAUGAUUCCCGGCAAAACUAAAUGUUAUGGAGACUGGAAUCGAGAAUUUUACGGAAGAUUGGCAGCUGGAGCCGAUAGCCAUAGUGCGGCAUCUGAAUAUGUAUGCGUUGAUCACCAGGCUCAAUAUAUCGAAGGCGGUGCAGUUAACAAUAAUGGAAAACUUUUCUAUAAUGUCGGGGCUAAAUGUGGGUCAUUGCCGUGUCCACCUUAUUAUGAUAUGGCACCGAUAUCUUGUGUUGUUUGUUCGAAGUGA